GCGCGCGUUCAAACGGUCCCGCGUCGUCGUKCCGACCGCUUCUGCGAGCGCAUGCUUAAAUUUUUUUUAUUAGUAAUUUAUUAUUUUCACUAGCACACCACAUCACCACACGAUCAUUGCACGUACACUUCGUAUUUUAUUUUGGUACCCACCCGAGACGAUUCGUGUGCGUUGAGUUCUGAUCUCACAGGAUCCACUGCAAGCACUUACCUGUAUAGGUAUACGCGCGAUAAGCGUAAAUUCGAUAAUCAUACUCUGAAACCAUGUUGAUGAUGAACGAUUUGGGGUCGAUGGCCACCGGUAUGAUGCCGUUUGACCCGAUGUGCGGCGGGCUCUACGAACAGCAGCCACCUAAGCCUCGGUUCAUAUUCAAAAUGCCGCGGGUCGUGCCAGACCAGAAGAACAAAUUCGAAACCGACGAACUCUUCAGGCGUCUGAGUCGUGAGAGUGACGUUCGAUACACCGGUUACAGAGACAGACCACACGAAGAACGUCAAAGUCGAUUUCAAAUCGGAUGCCGCGAAGGUCAUGUAGACAUUGCAUUUACUGCAACUGGAACCAAUUUGCAAUUAAUGUUUACUCCGAACAUGCCGAUUCCUUCAUACCAUCAAUCUGCCAAUGGUACUUGUAAUUUCGAAAAAGAACGAGGAAUGGUUCACAUACUGUCACAUUUCAUAAUGAACGGAGUGUGCGUCCGGUGGAAAGGGCGCAUCGACUUGGACAAAUUGGAUGGCAUCGGUUGUCUGGAGUUCGACGAGGAACGAGCAAUGAUCGAAAACAGGAUGUUGCAGGAGCAAAUCGAGAGAUACAACGACCGUAUCAGAGAAUAUCAGGACAAACCUCGUGCCUACAGAAACCAAGAGCGUGGUGUUACCGAUUCAGAUUUAGACGUGAAAAGGAGAUUGAACUAUUAGAUCAUUGUAUAUACAUACAUACACGAUACGGCGCGUUUCUACACAAUAUAUAACUAUAUUACCUACCUAUAAUAUUGUAGUGUGUUUGUGUUAUGUAUUUAUGCGUUUG